CGGGUCCCAGGAAAAAGUCUGAGCUGUGGGCAGCUUGGACAGCGUUGUACGCGCGGACGCGAUACCGGAAGCCUGCACAUACCGGAAGCCUGCACUAGUGGAUCAGCAUGCUGCGAGCUGGGGCUGCCCUAUUGCUCUUCCGCAGCGCUCUCGCGACCAACUCGACUUGCGGUGUGGGCUAUGAACCGGUCGGGACGAAGUGCCUCCAACUAACAGGGUCCGGCUACACCUUCGACGAGUGCGCAACGACGGAGUGCCCGAAGCGCGGCGGCCACAUCAUCGCGGCCAUCGCAUCGCAGGAGGAGUUCGACGCCGUCUACGACGCAGUCACGGGUGGCGGGCUCCAGGGAGGCUGGCCGGGAGGCUGCGCGUUCGUAGGCUUGCAUCGCUGCAACGCGCAGGAAACGUGGCGAUGGACCACGGGCGACGCGGGCACGGACGCGCCAUGGGGCGACGGCGAGCCGAACGACUGGGCCGGGUCGGAGGACUGCGGGAUGGUCUGUGACCACAUCGACGGCGGCCUCAACGACGGCCCCUGCCACAACACCAUCCAUUGCAUCUGCGAGGAGGGAACGGAAGAGUUAGUACGCUACGACGAGGGCCAGUGUCCGGAGCCCGAUUGGGCGGGGUGGUAUACGCUCGCGUUUCUCCUCGGCUUUUUCUUUUGGCUUUGUGCGAUCUACGGCUGCGCGGGCCUCCCGCAGAUGUGUUCCAACUACAAGGCGUUCGCCAACGGCGCGUGCUUUGGUAUUGUACUCUUCUGCAUCCUGCUCACUGCACUCUGGACACAUAUUGUGGCCGCCUGCUACGGUAUGAACGCCGGUAUUUAUGUUUCCGCGCACAUCGGGGCGGCUGUUGGCUUUCUCGCGGCGCUCGCGCUCGCCGCGUACACGCGCCAUCGGAUGGCUCUCGACAACGACGAAUAUUCACCAAACACGCCGGCGCUGGAGAUGGUUCCCGUCGUGCCUACGCAGCAACAGAUCGUGCAGAUCCAGGUCCCGCCCAACUCGUGUCCUGGCAUGCACGUCCAGGUCCGGAUCCUCGACGGCCGCAUAGUCAACGUGCCGAUUCCGGCAGGGGCCAUGCCCGGCCAGAUCAUAUCCGUGGCAGUACCGGCGCCGGCGCCGACUUCCGUCAGCAGCGAGGCCAUUCCGGUCGCGGAGGCGUACCAUGCGGAGCGCGUGAACGGGGCGCCGCUGGGCGAGGAAAACUGCGUCAUCUGCCAGGAUGCGAUCCGGGGCGGCCACGAGCGGCUACCCUGCUCGCACGUGUUCCAUCGCGCGUGCCUCGAGCGGUGGCUCCGAGACCGGGAGCACCGGUUCUGCCCUAUUUGUAAAAGACCCGUGUAAAAGUUAACAAC